AUGAAAUUCAACCUGGUGAACCUACAAAGAGCAAACAAACUAAAAAUCAUCGAAACAAAUCUUACUCUACCUAUGGAAUUUGUUCUCUUGGGAUUUUCUGAUAUUCCCAAAUUGCACUGGUUUCUCUUUGGGAUCUUCCUAUCCAUCUACAUAAUUAUUCUGUUUGGAAAUGGAAUCAUCAUUCUAAUCACAAGGGUUGAGCCCACUCUACAAACCCCCAUGUAUUUUUUCAUCAGCAAUUUUUCUUUCCUGGAAAUCUGUUAUGUAUCUGUCACUCUUCCUAGGAUGCUUAUGGAUCUUUUUACAAUGAGAGGAAAUAUUUCUUUUUUUGCCUGUGCUACACAAAUGUGCCUAUUCCUUAUACUGGGGGCUACAGAGUGCUUCCUCUUGGCUGUGAUGGCCUAUGAUCGUUAUGUGGCCAUCUGCAACCCUCUACACUAUCCUGUUAUCAUGAAUCACAAGGUGUGUACCCAACUUGUGGUUGGUUCCUGGAUCAUUGGGAUUCCCAUUCAGGUGGGGCAGACAUACCAGAUUCUGUCUCUUCCCUUCUGUGAAUCUAACCAAAUCAAUCACUUCUUUUGUGACAUACCUCCCCUGCUCAAAUUGGCAUGUGGAAACAUCUUUGUGAAUGAGAUUGUGGUCUUUAUAUUUGCUGUCUUGAUUGUCACUGUUCCCUUCAUGUUGAUCCUUGCAUCUUACAGCAGGAUCAUCUCAACCAUUCUGAAAUUGUCAUCAAACACAGGGAGGACCAAAGCCUUUUCCACAUGCUCUUCCCACCUUAUAGUUGUGUUUUUAUUCUAUGGAUCAGCUAGCAUCACCUAUUUAAAACCUAAGUCUAAUAAGAACGAGGGGACAGGGACAGACAAACUCCUUUCUCUGUUUUACACCAUUUUGACUCCAAUGUUUAAUCCCCUAAUUUACAGCCUGAGGAACAAAGAUGUCACAGGGGCACUGAGAAAAUUAUUUACCAGAUUGGUAGCAGUGUGA